AUGCCAUUGUUACAUGAUGAUAAUAAUAAUAAUAACAACAGUAAUAAUAGUAAUCCAUACCUAUUUAAUUUAAAUAAUAUUGAAGAUAAUGAAUAUCUUACCAAUAUAAAUAAUAAUAGUAAUAAUAAUAACAUGGAUUAUGAUGAUAAUAGUAAUAACAAUAACAAUAGUAAUGAUUUUUUAAAAGAUUUAAAACAAUUACAAAAUAAUAAUAGUAGUAAUAAUAAUACAAUCGAUUUAUUUAACAAUGAUUAUGCAACAUUAAUAUUACAAGAUCAUCAACAUAAUCAACAACAUCUACCAACUUCCAAUUCAAACUCGAUUGAUGAAGAUAUUUUCGCUUCAUUCUCCAAUAGUAGCAGUAGUAGUAGUAUAAACCAUCAUAGUGAUCUAUUUGGUGAAAAUAAUCAUUCAUCUUCACCUAAUAAUCAUCAUCAUCAUCAUCUUCACCACCAUCAACAUUUAAAUCCAUUCGAUCAUCACUUUCAAUCAUCAGCAUGUACAACAUCUUCUUUACCAUCACCACAGCAACAGCAACAGCAACAACAAAGAUUACAAAAAUCAACAACAUUAACAAAUCAAGAACCUGUCGUAUUGAACUGCAAGAAAUGCUUGAUACCAAUGGCACUCUACCAUAUCAAUUUUGAAGAAAAGAUAUAUUGUUGCACGGAAUGCACCUUUCCACUUGACUCUGACGAGAAUAUCAAUGACUAUAUCAUUCCGUCCAAUCUUUUCAAACCAAAGAACCAAAAACUUACUCAACAACAACAACAGUUUAUAUCAACAUUAACAUCAUUCCCAUAG